GCGAUUGAUGGUUGAAAUUGUGAUCAUGGGUUGUAACCUGGGCUUAGGGUAAUUUGGCGCGAAUCGACACGGUGAGUGUUCAGAUGAUGAGAGAAAUUCUUGUGGAAUUUUUACCGCAGAAAUGGGAAUAUAACUUAAACAUCCGAAAAUUCUUUUGAAACUGUUUAUAAAAAUAGUUUUCCUUUAUUUUGUUUCAACAAUUGACAAACGCGAUGAACACGUCUUCCAGCGUAACACGAAAAAAGAAUACUACAAAAACGCCCGAUAAACGUCAAAAAACGCUUUCAUCUUUUUUCGUCAGAACAAAGUCAAAGAGUUCUAGCUCUCCCGAUGAGCCGGCAGGUAAUGAGUCCCUGAAUGUUUAUAGUGAAACCAAAUCGUCCACUGAUAUAGAACUCUGCAAGAAACGUAAACACAGCCCGGAUAGGAGCAAUGUCAACGACACUGAUCCAAAUUCAAAAAAAAAAUAUACUCAUAUCAGUGAUAUCAACGUGAAAUAUGAGAACACUAGGCAAGUGACAACACAUCUUAUAAACAAUAAAGCUAAAGGGGUCUCGGGUGAACAUUACAGCAAUAAAGUAUUGGGAGUGCAAAUUCGUAGGACCAAAACACCUACAGAAAGUAUGAACUGCAAAAAGAAUCCAGUUCCAUUAAUGGAAGAAGAUGAUAAUUCUUCAUUAAAGGAAAAUUUAAUCGAAAUGAUCAGCAGUACGCAGCCAGAGUUUGGGGAGCAAACUUUAAUGAGAGAUUCAUCUAAAAAAAAAGUCAAGACUUCCUGUUCCAAUGUUUUAAAACCGAAAUAUUCACCUAAGGCAACUUCUUCAGUAAUGAAACCUAGUGAACGUAGUCCGAAAAUCAUCACAGAACCAAAUGAAAAAUUUUCUCCUUUGAAAACAGAGUCUCACAAUGUUAAUUAUUCAAUCAAGCGAGAGGGUGGUAUUCGUCAAGAUCUAUUGAACAGUGAGUUUGGAGCAAAUGAACACGUUUUCACAAGUAGUCAAAGAAGGAUUAAAUGUGAUUUUCAGAAAGCCUCCAGCAAUCAGUUUACUGAAAACCAAACUGACGAAGAAGGUAGAAAAUAUUCUAGCAGUUUGGAAUUUAAAAACACUGAAACGACACUGGAAAUAAUUAAAACAGAAAAGAAAGAAAAAAACGGCAUGCAGCUAAAUCUCACAAAACCUACAGAAGAGACUUUCAGCAUUGAUGAUGAUUUUCUGUUCGAUGCAUUGGAUGAAUCAUUUAAAUCUGACUGUAAUUCGGAGAAAAUGUUCAAUACUGAUACCGUAACUGAUGAUUUCAGUGAUAUUUUUAGUGAAGAUUGGAAUGGAGAUGCAGAGGUUAAAGUAGAUCUCAAUACUCUACAACGUUGUCAAGUAUCUAAUACCACCAGAGACCAGUUUCAGAAUCUAAUCGUCAAUGUUAUACAUGUUGAAUCUCAAAUUCCAGUAGCUGUAACAUUAAGAGGUUUUUGGAAAGAUACGAGACUUCAACCAGGUGACAUUGUCAACAUUCAGGCGAAUAAACAAUUAAAUGAUUGGGUUGUUGACAAUAGUAGUGGUUUUGUCGUCGAACAACCAGAUUUCUUAGUAUCUGGAACUUCGGUUGUAGGAGCUUUAUUUUGUGCCAGACGUGGCAUUCUGAGUGAUCGAUUUAAAGGAAUUGAGUCUGUCACAGAUUGCAAACAAGGUUCCUCUGCCAUGGCGAUCGGAAGUCUAGUCCAUGAAUUGCUUCAAAAGGUAUUAAAAGAAAAAAUCUACACCAAACCAGGUAUCACUAAAUUAUUAAAAGAUGUAAUCAAAUCACAUAAUACUGCAAGUAUGUUAUAUUCUGCUGGAAUGUCUAUGGAAACUUGUGAAAAAGAAAUGUUGCCAUUUGUACCAAAAAUAUUCCAUUUCCUAGAACGAUAUGUCAAAGUUGAAAAAUCCAAACAUGCUGAUGAUAAUUUCAAUGGAAAAAUCAAUGUCAUUCGUGAUAUUGAAGAGAACUUGUGGGUGCCGCAACUAGGUGUUAAAGGUAAAGUUGAUGUCACCGUUGAAGUUAAUGUGGACUUGAAACCAAGAAUUAUGCCACUCGAAUUGAAAACUGGUCGGGCCAGUUUCUCACUAGAACACAGAGGCCAGGUAAUUCUUUACACAAUGAUGAUGGCAGUCACAGGACAGCACGUCGAAGCUGGUCUCCUCUUAUAUCUUAGGGAAAACAUCAUGCGUGAAAUCAAAGUCGGUCAUGCUGAGCAAAGAGAUUUAAUUCUAUUGAGGAAUAAUCUGGCAUAUUAUCUGACACGUACCCCAGAAUUACUGAAACCAGUUGACUCUGGAGUCAGAGAAGAAUCUAACGUGGAUUCCAUGGAAUUACCAGAGCCUAUCAACCAUCGAGCUUGUCAGAAUUGCCCCUACAGUGCCUUGUGCUGUGCAUACCUUAAAAACGAUAAAAGUUUUCAACCUACUGAUCGACAUCCACUUACUCCAAUUAUGCGGGAAUUGGAUAAUUACUUAAAGCCUGAACACAUCAAAUAUGUGAAGAAAUGGGUGAGAAUGCUUCAGAUCGACGAAGCUGAUCAAAUCCUAAACCAGUCUUUGCGAAAUUUAUGGACUGUUCCACCAAAUAAAAGGGAAGAAAACGGAAAAUGCAUAUCCAAUCUGAAAAUAAUUGGCAAAGUAUUUAUAGAAUGCAAUCGUUUUCGCCAUACCUUUACCCGUAUCAACUCUGGUGAUUUCAAAGUCACUAACGAUUUGACAAAGUUUGGAUUUAAUACAAUGGAAUAUGUCAUUAUUAGUACUGAUACUAAAAUUAAUGUUUGUGCUGGUACUGUGAUUGAGUUAUCUAAAGAUACCAUAACAGUACUACUUGAGCGAAAUCUCGUGGAAAAAAAACCGAAAGAUGUGUUCCAUAUUGAUCCUUAUGUUUCACAAAGUAUGUUGAUAGCAAAUCUUUCAAAUAUUGGCUAUUUAUUGGACGACAAUACAGUCACUGAGAGAAUACGGAAGAUUGUUAUAGAAAGGGCACCCGCAACGUUUUUGAAGAAAGUAGACCGCUCAUUAGUAGUAGUAGCUGCACAAACUUUAAAACCUUUAAAUAAAAUGCAACAAAGGGCAGUUCUGAAGGUUAUCGCAGCAAAUGAGUACUUGCUGAUAAAAGGCAUGCCAGGCACAGGAAAAACUCGAACACUGGUUGCUAUAAUUGAGUUACUAGUAAAAAUGGGAAAAUCUGUCCUACUUACUGCUCAUACUCACUCUGCAGUAGACAAUGUUUUGUUGAAAUUAAUUGAGACAAGUGUUGAUUUUCUACGAUUGGGAUCAACAAGCAGAAUUAAUCCUAAAUUGUUGUCCAAAAGCGAAGCAGUGCUAACACAGAAAUGUUGUACACCAGAAAGCUUGGAGGCGGCAUACAGCAGUAAAACAGUGGUAUGCGUUACAUGCCUUGGAGCUAACCAUCCUCUUUUGGGAAGGCGAAUUUUUGACGUCUGUCUGGUAGAUGAAAGUACACAAGUACUGCAAUCAUCGCUCCUGCGGCCCCUUUACAGCUCAUCAAAAUUCGUUCUCGUUGGAGAUCCUGAUCAGUUGCCGCCAGUAGUAAAAAGUCAUGAAGCUAGGAAACUCGGAAUGGAUCAAUCUCUCUUCGAACGAUUGGAUAAUGAAAACAAUACUGUCACGCUCACGUCGCAGUACAGGAUGAACCAAAGAAUUAUGUUUGUAGCCAACCAAGUUACAUACAAAGGCCAACUGACUAUCGGUGCAGAUGACGUUGGCAGUGCAACUUUACAUAUUCCUGACAGAUCAGUACUAAAUUCAUCAAGGAACUGGGUAAAAACUGCUCUGUCAACUGAUCUCGAUGACUCUGUUGUUGUACUUCAUACUGGUGAUAAAUGUAACAUUUUGAAAGAUGACAUAAGCUCCGAAAAUGGUGACUAUCGAGAACGAAAAUGCUCAAAUUUAUGCGAAGCUGCAGUUAUUCUACAUCUUAUAACUAUCCUUAUGCAGGCAGGUGUUGUUGCUGGGCAAAUUGGUGUGAUAGCACCAUACAGAGAACAAGUAAACCUUCUCAGAGAUAUUAUUAAACAAGAUGUGGAAGUAAACACUGUUGAUCAAUAUCAAGGGCGCGAUAAAGAAAUCAUUUUGUAUUCUGGAACUAGGUCCAACUACGUCCGGUCUGUUGAUUCAGAAAAAGAGUUCAACAUCUUAGAUGAUUAUAGAAGACUCAGCGUUGCUAUCACAAGAGCCAAGCACAAAUUAAUUAUAGUUGGCGAUAUAAUAACACUGAAGCAGUUUGUCCCAUUCAAGAAAUUAUUUGAUCAAAUUAGGAGCAAAGAUUUGAUGACAUUACAAAACGGCUGUGCCGAUUUUCAGUGGGAAGAACUUCUGUCGAUUGUAAAGCGCUAGCUCUCACAUUUACUUGUUAAAUUAUUACUUUAUCGUAGCUUAUUUUUUAAUAUGUUUUAUGGUGAUAUGGGCCUGCUUUACUUUUGUAUUUAUUUUUGGAAGUAAGAAGUAUUCUGACGUUUGUAUCUAUUGCUGUGUAUGUAAAGUGUAUUCCUAUUUAUUCGUUUUAUACUGUGUAUAUACAUUUAUCCAUUUGUAAACUGAAUAUUUCAGAAAUCAUCAUAAUGAUUUUGAACCACGUUUCCUAAUUUAUAAAAUUAUACGAUUUAUAGUUUCUCCUUCAAUGUAUGUUUUAUUUACCCGACUAGAUCACGUAACUUAACUUGACACUAAAUUGAGUUUCCUAACAUAACGCUAGAUAUUUUAAUCAUAUUCAAUAACUAAUUGAUUCACUGCGCACAAAAUGAAAACGUUGAAACCAAGUGACUUUCGCUAUAUGGGUAGAUAAACUAAAAUGAUUACUACCGAAGCCACGCACGAACUGAAAAUUACAUAUGCUACACCUGUGUCACAGGGACGUAAAACGAUUCCUGUAUAGUAAUAAUCCUGUGUGAGGAAGGUCUUUACCAUAAAACCUAAUAGCCAGGUUUUAUACAUAAGUAAUUGACAAACGUUAGGUUUUAUUUAAAAGUUUAUUUUUACAUUUCUUAGAUCUAAAAAAAAACGUAAUAUCUUCAAUGAUUUUUGCAACUCCCAUUUGGUGUAAACUGUUAAGU